GCCAACUUCGAAGCGCUCCGACGGCAAUUGCCGGCGUGUCCCCAAGUUCCUUUCGUCUAUCACAGUCAUGCCGCAGAACGAGUAUAUCGAGGAACAUAUAAAACGACAUGGUAGACGAUUAGAUUACUACGAACGCAAACGUAAAAAGGAGGCUCGCGCUGCUCAUAAAUCAUCAGCAGUAGCCCAGAAAGCCUUCGGUCUCAAGGCUAAGAUCCUGCAUGCGAAACGUCACGCAGAAAAGGUUCAACUCAAAAAGACCCUCAAAGCUCACGAUGAGCGCAAUGUCAAGCAGGCCGACACAUCUGCCGUUCCAGAUGGGGCAUUACCUACAUAUUUGCUCGACCGUGAAGGCCAGAAGGAUGCAAAAGCUCUAUCAUCUGCAAUCAAACAAAAGAGAAAGGACAAGGCGGCUAAAUUCGCGGUUCCAUUACCUAAAGUUCGAGGGAUCGCUGAGGAUGAAAUGUUCAAGGUGAUGAAGACAGGGAAGAGCAAAAGCAAAUCAUGGAAGCGGAUGGUUACAAAAGCGACGUUCGUUGGGGAAGGAUUUACUAGAAAACCUGUCAAAAUGGAGAGAUUUGUUCGGCCAAUGGCACUUCGAUAUAAGAAAGCCAACGUUACCCAUCCGGACUUGAAGGCCACCUUCCAGCUUCAAAUUCUUGGGGUCAAGAAGAAUCCACAGUCACCGAUGUAUACUCAACUCGGAGUUUUGACGAAAGGCACUGUCAUCGAGGUCAACGUUUCAGAACUUGGAAUGGUUACGACAGGCGGCAAGGUAGUAUUCGGGAAGUAUGCUCAGAUCACCAAUAAUCCUGAGAACGAUGGUUGCAUAAAUGCUGUUCUUCUUGUAUGACCGUCGACAAUUGCGAUAUGUUGUAUUCGAAUCUAUCGAGAGGUCUCCUCGAUGUUUCAAAAGUAGUGUUCAAUUCACUAUUACAUGUACUGCAAAAGGUGCAUACGUUUGUUCAGGCC